AUGGGGGAUGAUUUCCACCGUUGGGCUCGGGCGGCCCAGGACUAUAUCGAACUUGUUCCCCCAUCAGACCACAGAAUUGUGCUACUGUCCCUCAUUGAGGGCGAGGCCAAUGAUAUUGUGCGCGACGAAGGUGUACUCGACGCGCCCAUCACCCCAGGAACCUUCCAGAAACUUCGGGAUCGUCUCACAGAUCGCCUCCGUGCGGCGGAAUUUGUUCAUCAGUUCCAAACCCGCAUCCAACUCCCUGGUGAACGGCUGGCCUCGUUUGUUCGUGCACUUCGUCGUCUAGCAGUUGAAGCAUUCCCGGACACUGACCCCAUCGACCGCGACGCGAAUGUGCUCACGCACAUCAUGGUGGGUACGCGGGACCCACCGGUGAGACGCCGCUUCCUCCUCAACCCACCACUCACUGUAGCGGCAGCAUUGGACACCGCCCGGCGCCUCGAACAGGUCGAGGCUGUCCUCAGUCGCGAUCAGCUACCCGAAGCACCAAAAAUCGCCCCCAUGAGAAGCAGUCGACUGCAACGCCCCUUCCGGCCGCGUUACAAUCAAGGCCGCCCGUAG